AUGCUCUCUGGCGGCAUGCGUGGCCGCAACGUAGAAGACGUCGGCGACCUUGAGGAGAAGGGGUUGCUCCGAUCCGAGAAGGGUACUCUCCACAAGGUCGAGGAGGAGAAGUACGAGCCAGGCCUCAAGAGCCGACGGGAUCGACAUGCUUUUGCGCUCCUAGUCGUACUCUACCUGCUACAGGGCGUACCGCUAGGCUUGACGUUCGGUACGCUGCCCUUUCUCCUCAAGCAUAGGUUGUCGUACUCGAAACUGGCCAUCUUCGCACUCUCCACAUGGCCCUACUCUCUCAAGUUGUUGUGGAGUCCCAUCGUCGACGCGUGGUUCUACCCGAAAUGGGGUCGACGCAAGUCAUGGAUCGUCCCCGUCCAGGCGAUUGUUGGUAUCGUGCUCUACCUUCUGGGCCGGCACGUCGAGGACUGGAUCUCUGCUGAAGUGAUCGACAUCAACUUUAUCACGUUCAUGUUUGCAAGCCUCAUCUUCGCUGCAGCGACCCAGGACAUCGCCGUCGACGGUUGGGCGCUUACGCUCCUCUCCCCGCCCAACCUCUCGUACGCCUCAACAGCACAGACCAUCGGACUCGGUAUCGGAUCCGCGCUCAGCUUCACCAUCUUCCUCGCGUUCAACAGUGUCGACUUUAGCAACCGCUACUUUCGCUCCACGCCGCUCGAAACUCCUCUCGUAUCGCUCGGCGCAUACAUGCGGUUCUGGGGUGGUGUGUAUAUUGUCGUGACGGCGUGGCUCAUCUACUUCAAGAAGGAAGACGAUGUGAACCACGACGAACCCGACCUCGACGUCGCCAAGGUCUACCGCAUCAUGUGGAGCAUUGUGGGACUUAAGAACAUACAGAGCUUCCUCUUCAUCCUCCUCAUUGCCAAGUUUGGCUUCCAGGUCAACGAGAGUGUGACGCAGCUCAAGCUUCUUGAGAAGGGCUUGUCGAAGGAGGACUUGGCUGUGGCUGCGCUCCUCGACUUUCCCGCGCAGAUGGUCGUCGGCUGGCUGGCCGCCAAGUGGUCCCGUCCCCCCGUGACCGAUGAGGGUCGCCAUCCCCUAAGCGCGGGUAACGUCCGUGUGGCCGCGGCGACCUCGGUUCUAAAGGUGUGGAUCGGCGCGUUCUGGGCGCGUCUAGGCAUGGCUGUGGUUGCAGCCUUCGUCGUCUGGCUGUUCCCCUCUUCCGGCAAGGUCGGGAUGGGCUACUUCUCCCUGGUGAUCCUCACAAUCCUUAUGACGUCCCUCACGAACACGGUCCAGUUUGUAGGCAUCACGGCCUUCCACACCCAGAUUGCCGACCCCUUGAUUGGGGGCACCUACAUGACUCUGCUAAACACGGUGUCGAAUCUCGGCGGGACAUGGCCUAAACCCCUCAUCCUCCGCGCUGUUGACCUGCUCACCCGCUCGGCCUGUUCCCAGACCGGGAGGGAGUGCACGUCCGAGGAGGGAAAGGCGGCAUGUACUGCGGCCGGUGGGCGCUGCGUCAUCACCCGCGACGGAUACUUUGUCAUGACAGCGCUCUGUGUUGUCUGCAGCGGACUCUUGCUGGUAACCCACAUCCUGCCGUCGAUCAAGCGGCUCAUGGCGCUGCCGAUGAGCGCUUGGCGCGUCAAGAUACCCGCGUAG